CCUGUCACUCCUGUCACGCCGGAUACCAUUUUGCUUGACCCCAUGUGUUUACUUACUGCCGAGAUUCAAGAUCAGCUGUGGAGUCGGGCCUUUCUACAUCACAAGCUUCGAAAAGAUUUGUCGUGCAGAUUCUCCUGAGCUUGUCGUGGUUCCAUACCCAAACGAGCCUACAUAAGUACAGGAUGUACGUCACCGUCUUUCAUCUACACCUGUUAUGGACUUCUUCCCCGUUCCUUCCCCGCAAUUCUACUGGGGCAUGGCCUCACGGCCUUGUUUUUGAUUCCAUUGUGUUCAGCUAGCCAAAGAUGCCGGGCGAUCGGAUUUGAGACAAUACCUGGCAUAAAAGAUGUCCGCUAUCACGAACUUUCUUUCGAAGUACAGGUACAAACACUAUACAAACACCGGUUCUUACCAUGCGGUCGUUCAUAUACUUGGGCGCAUAUGCCGUCGCUACUACAGCACAACAGGUCUACAUACCCGCAGACGGCCCAUCGUCUAGGCCGAACUGUUCGCAAGCCCAGGCAACGCCGACAUAUGCCUUUAGUGCUUUCUCAUUCACUCAGACUGAAACAGUCCGUACAGCUACUUCGGUAGUGCCUGGCCCCCAGACAACCUACGCACCGCCUUACGAGAGCCUAAGCAGCUUGAUCCCAUCAGUAAAGACAACUACAUGGGGCAAUUGGUACCCAAAUACAACUGCAAAGGCUUCGGAUACAGAUGAUAAGUACGGACAGGCAGCAUGGUCCUCAUUAUGGGAGGUAGCAGCGCUUCCAAACUUUACCUUUCGAGGGCUGUAUUCGACCACAGUAUCACCAACACCGAUACCCACGAGCGAGCUUGUGUUGCCGCCACCAGACUACUUCGGUCCCCAAGACUGCUAUUCCUUCCCGGAUGACUUCAUGUUCGGUGUCGCUGGGUCUGCUUCCCAGAUUGAAGGUGCGAUCGCCGAUGAGGGACGAACACCUACGAUCAUGGAGGCUCUCUUCAAACCGAGCGCUGAAAGAGCGGACGAUUACGUUACAAAUGAGAACUAUUAUCUCUAUCGACAAGAUAUCGAGCGCCUGGCGUCAAUUGGCGUGAAGUACUACUCAUUCUCGAUUCCGUGGACUCGCAUUUUGCCCUUUGUUUUCGAGGGAAGUCCAGUAAAUCUACAGGGCCUAGAUCAUUACAAUGAUCUGAUCAACUUUGUCCUCGAAAAAGGCAUGAUUCCUACUGUGACUUUGAUUCAUUUCGACACACCGUGGCAGAUCUUUGGUAAUAACAUGAGCAAUGUCAACACCGACGCAUUGAUUGGUUAUGUGGAUGGAGGGUAUCAAAUGGACGGUUUUGAGGAUGCUUUUGUCAACUAUGGCAAGAUUGUCAUGACACAUUUCGCUGAUCGCGUUCCCGUGUGGUUCACGUUCAACGAGCCUCUCUUGUACAGCCACAAUGGGAAGAGCAUCAAUACCGUAAUCAAGGCACACGCGAGACUCUAUCAUUUCUAUCAUGACGAAAUCAAGGGUACCGGAAAGGUGGGAUUGAAGUUCAAUGACAACUUUGGCGUACCCCGUGACCCUAGCAAACAGGAAGAUGUCGACGCGGCAAAACAUUUCAAUGAUUUCCAGCUCGCGACUUUUGGAAACCCGAUCAAUCUCGGCAUCGACUACCCUGAAGCCUUCAAGAUGACUAUCCCAGAUUUCGUGCCUUUGACGGAGGAAGAUCUGAAAUAUCUCAAUGGAACUGCAGACUUCUUCGGCAUCGACCCAUACACAGCGACAGUUGUUGCACCCCCGGAGAAUGGUAUUGAAGCUUGUGCAAAGAACAUCUCUGAUCCCUUGUUUCCAUAUUGCGUCAACCAAUCAACCACAACCACGACUAGAUGGAACAUCGGCUAUCGCUCCCAGAGCUACGUCUACAUCACCCCCACUUACCUAAGAACCUACCUCUCCUACGUCUGGAAUACCUUCCAAUCACCCAUCCUAAUCACCGAAUUCGGUUUCCCCGUCUUUGCCGAAGCCGAGAAAGAACUGUCCGACCAGCUCUACGAUGCUCCCCGAAGCAACUACUACCUAUCUUUCAUGAGCGAGGUCCUCAAGGCGAUCUGGGAAGAUCAUGUGCAUGUAUUGGGAACGUUCGCGUGGAGCUUUGCCGAUAACUGGGAAUUCGGAGAUUACGAUGCAAGGUUUGGUAUUCAGACUGUCAAUAGGACUACCCAGCAGAGGAGGUACAAGAAGAGUUUCUUUGAUCUUGUCGAUUUUGUGGAGACCAGGAGAGGGAAGAAGACGGGAUAUUGA